AUGGCACCUAAGAACAUUGAGGACUGCUCUUUCGAUGAGCUAACAAAGGCAAUGACAGGGCACCUUGCACCCCAGCCGUCAAAGAACCACCGCCGUUACGAUUUUGCCCACAGAGAGCAACAAGCGCAUGAGUCAGUAAAUGAGUAUAUUGCUGCUCUCAGGGAAAUUGCGAUGUAUUGUCAAUUCACUAACCUGGAGGAGCGUCUGUUGGAAAGGUUCAUCGUUGGCGUGCGAGACAGCCAUCUCCGCCGCAAGCUGCUGGCGAAAGAUGACAUCACGAUGGCCACUGCCAUGAAUAUGGCCAUGGCUUCCGAGAAGGAUAAUGCCCACGGAAGGGCCCCAAUUUCCCGAGCAGAAGGGGGGACCCAUCGUGUUCAGCGAGACCGUUCAUCUUCUGGCGAUUCCCCCGAGGAUGUCCACCGAACCCUAGGCCAACCCGACCGCAACCGCCGCUCCCAAGCUGCGCGCAAGUCGAACCAGCAUCAGUCCAACCCACACAGCACCUGUGCCAGUUGUGGAGAGAACCAUGAUCGUAAGACAUGCAGGUUCCGUGACGUCACGUGUCGAGGCUGUGGCAAAGCCGGGCACAUCAUGCGUGUCUGCCAUUCCAAGAACGCAGGAAUACGACCCAGACAACGCGUGCACGAGGCCCUCGAAGAGGUGGAGUUGCAGUCAAUCUCUUCAGACAGGGUAUAUCAGUUUCCAUCCCUGGGAUCUAAUAAGCUUAGGGUGCAAGUUAGAAUCGAGGGAAAGCUGUGCAAUAUGGAGCUGGAUACCGGCUCAUCGUAUUCCAUAAUAUCGGACAAGACAUUUAGAGAGCUUUUUCCCAAACGGCCCCCACCUCUCCGACCAGCCACUGUGGUGUUACGAGACUUCCAGAGAAAUAUAAUUCAGCUAAGGGGGUCAAGGCUCGUAGAGUUCCGUUUGCGCUCAAACCCAAAAUUGAGGAGGGGUUGGCCUGAAAAGCCAGGACCGGAAUUCUCAAGCUUCACAGCUCGCAAAGACGAGUUGUCGUCACACAGGGGGUGUAUACUGUGGGGUAGCCGAGUCAUAGUUCCCCCCUCACUUAGGAGAAAGGUCUUAGAAGGUUUGCACGUGUCCCAUCCGGGAAUAGUCCGGAUGAAGGCACUGGCCCGGAGUUACGUCUGGUGGCCGGGCAUAGAUGCCGAGAUUGAAGGGUGGGUUAAACAUUGUGAACCCUGCCAAGUGUCGCGGCCGGAUCCCCCCAAGGCACCAGUUCAGUCCUGGGAAUCCACACGGUCCCCAUGGUCCAGGGUGCACAUAGAUUAUGCAGGGCCCUUCCAGGGCCAACUGUUCCUCAUCGUGGUGGAUUCCCAUUCCAAGUGGCUCGAGGUGACACCGACCUCCACCAUGUCCAGUAGGGUGACUAUAAACUCACUCAGGAAGUUAUUUGCCACACACGGCUUGCCUGACACCCUGGUGAGUGACAAUGGAACAGCUUUCACUUCAGCGGAAUUCCAAGAGUUUGUGUCUAAGAAUGGAAUCCUUUUUUUGGCUCAACACGUCACCCCAAGUGCAACCACUGGCCAUAGCCCAGCUGAGUUGCUUAUGGGAAGGAGGCUCACUACUCUCCUGGAUCGCAUACAUCCCGACAGGGCCUUAGAGCAGUGACCACACACCAUGGAGCGGAAAGCACCUAAGGGAUUUGCCCCAGGGGAUCCUGUAUAUGUUCGGAACUAUGGGUUUGGACCAGGUUGGGUACCAGGCACCAUUGAGCGUUGUACAGGGCCGGUUUCCUAUGAGGUGAGGCUGGAGGGUGGACUGGUUUGGAAAAGACACCUCGACCAGAUCAGACCCCGGUCAUCUCCCGACCCAGUACGGCCAGCGGAACCACAGGGUAGUGCAACAGACGCAGCUGGUGACUUGGCAACUGGGACAAGUGGGGAAACGGAGGGUGUGCCGCCAACCGAGACACCUCAACAGUGCGAUCCUGGGCCGGUGCCCACAGCAGCCCCGCAACCGGCAACACCUGCAGAGCCGCCUCGGUUGAUGGCACCAAUCAGCAAACAGGGACUUGGAGAUGUUCCUCAGUCGCAGGUGCAGACCCCGGAACUGCGACGGUCCCAAAGAGAACGUAAACGUCCAACACACCUUAAAGAUUUUAUUUGUUCAUAAUGUUUGGAAUUUGGGGGGAGGGG